AUGGGGGCAGAUGAAAGUGGCAAAAAUAAGAGCUCUAGACGAUCAUCUAAAUCUAGGAGUCGGAGGCGGAGGCAUUCUUCCGAUGAGUCAGAAUCAGAGUCUGAGAGUUCCCAUUCCUCUGCUUCUGAGUCGGAAUCUGAUGGGCACAAAGCCAAGCGAUCUAGAGGCAGCCGGAGUCGAAGCCGGCGCCAUAGACGGCACCGUUCCAGUGAUUCUGAUGAUAACAGCAGUGAUGACGACCGUGAUAAGAAAAGGAAGAGGAAAAUCACAGAGGAAGAAAUCGCAGAGUAUAUGGCCAAAAAAGCUCAGAGAAAGGCAGCAAAAGUUGCAAAGAAGUUGAAGAUGCAGAAUAUCUCUGGAUAUGCCAAUGAAUCAAACCCUUUUGGAGAUUCUAAUCUCAACGAAAGAUUCGUUUGGCGAAAGAAGAUCGAGAAGGAUAUCACUCAAGGAGUUCCACUUGAUGCAUAUACUUUAAAAGCUGAGAAAAAGCGACAGCGAGAGAGAUUGGCAGAGAUUGAGAAAGUGAAGAAAAGAAGGGAGGAAAGGGCUAUUGAGAAAGCGCAACGCGAGGAAGAAAUGGCCUUGUUAGCCAGGGAGCGUGCUCGAGCAGAGUUUGAAGACUGGGAGAAGAAAGAAGAGGAGUUUCAUUUUGAUCAAAGCAAAGUUCGGUCAGAAAUACGACAUCGUGAAGGACGGUCAAAGCCAAUCGAUAUACUUAUCAAGCAUCUUAAUCCUGUGGAUGACAUGGAUAUAGAGAUAAAUGAACCCUACAUGGUUUUCAAGGGUUUGACUGUGAAAGAGAUGGAGGAACUACACGCAGAAAUAAAAUUGCAUCUAGAUUUAGACCGGGCAACCCCUACUCAUAUACAGUAUUGGGAGGCACUUCUUGUGGUUUGUGAUUGGGAACUACGUGAAGCUAGAAAGAAAGAUGCCUUGGAUAGAGCCCGAGUGCGUGGGGAACGCUUGCCUCCAGAGCUACUUGCUGAAGAGAGGGGAAUGCAUUCAAGCAUCGAAGCAGAUGUUAAGAAUCUUCUGCAUGGAAAAUCCUAUGCUGAAUUGGAAGCUUUACAGUCUCAGAUUGAGUCGCAAAUGCAGUCUGGCUCUGCUAAGGUGGUUGAAUAUUGGGAAGCACUUCUUAAGCGUCUGCAUAUCUUCAAGGCUAAGGCUUGUCUUAAGGAGAUCCAUGCCAAAAUUUUGCGCAAGCAUUUACAACGUCUUGAAAGACCAUUGGAGCAUGGAGAGAGUGAUAGAGAGCUGAGUCCAGAGCCUGAUGAGGAACAUGAAGAUGACGAUGAGAAAGAUGCUAGAGUUCUAUCUCCAGAGCCUAUGUUGCACGAAGAGAGUCAAGAACCGGAUGAAGAAGCUGGUUCAUUUUCACCUGAACUAUUUCAUGGUGAUGACAAUGAAGAAGCUAUUGACCCUGAAGAAGACAAGGCCAUACUGGAGAGGAAGCGUUUGGCUGUGUUGGAAGAAAGGCGUCUCCAAGAAUUGACUGCAAGGCCUACUCCUCCUGAGGAUAACUUCGAGAAGAAAGCUUUGAAAGCCAUGGGAGCUAUGGAGGAAGGUGAUGCAGUGUUUGGCACAAAUGAUGAAAUCAACCUUGAUUCGCAGGUUUACUGGUGGCAUGAUAAAUAUCGGCCGAGAAAGCCGAAAUAUUUCAAUCGUGUUCAUACUGGUUAUGAGUGGAACAAAUACAAUCAGACUCACUAUGACCAUGAUAACCCUCCACCAAAGAUCGUUCAAGGGUACAAAUUCAAUGUGUUCUAUCCAGAUCUUGUAGAUAAAGGGAAAGCUCCUACUUACACCAUUGAGAAGGAUGGUGACAGUGCAGAGACAUGCAUCAUCAGGUUCCAUGCUGGCCCACCAUAUGAAGACAUUGCCUUCCGGAUAGUGAACAAGGAAUGGGAAUACUCACACAAGAAAGGAUUCAAGUCCACCUUCGAACGGGGAAUACUUCAUUUGUACUUCAACUUCAAACGGUACCGUUACAGGAGUAUUCUGAUAAGAAUGACCACUGCAAUGCCAGUCCCUCUUGCUUCUCCUUUCCUAGGUUCUGCUUUGUUUCUCUCUCCGUCCACACGCUCUCUUUCUUCGUCUUCACCUCUCGAUUCCUCCGAUUAUUAUCUCUUCUACUUGAUUAGGAAGGUUAAGCAAACUGAAGCCGGUUCGAUUUUGCGAGUCAAGAUCGACCAAAGUUCUCUCAAUUUCUCUUAUAGGUGA